UGUACGAGCACACUUCCGGGACCGGGAGGAACAUAUAUUUAAAAUGGGACACACAAGUUUGGAGAAGAUCAUUGCCCUACAGAAGAAAACAUCAAGCAUUAGGAAUAUGUGUAUUCUUGCUCAUGUGGAUCACGGAAAGACAACAUUAGCAGAUUGCUUGGUUGCCACGAAUGGCAUUAUAUCCAGCCGCUUAGCAGGAAAGUUGAGAUACCUGGACAGCAGGGAAGAUGAGCAGAUCAGAGGAAUCACUAUGAAGUCCAGCGCCAUAACAUUACAUUACACAACAGGAGAGAACGAAUACCUCAUAAAUCUCAUCGACUCUCCCGGUCAUGUGGACUUCUCUUCUGAAGUGUCCACUGCUGUCAGACUGUGUGAUGGAGCUAUCGUCAUUGUCGACGCCGUCGAGGGGGUUUGUCCGCAGACGCAAGUCGUUUUACGUCAGGCUUGGCUGGAGAACAUCCGUCCUGUGCUCGUCAUCAACAAAAUCGACCGUCUGAUCGUGGAGCUGAAACUCACACCACAAGAGGCGUUCAUACACCUGCAGAAGAUACUGGAGCAGGUGAAUGCGGUAACGGGUUCAUUAUUCACAUCUAAAGUUCUGGAGGAGCGUGCAGAGAAAGACGCAGGAGCUCAGAGCAUCACAACGGAGAACAGCGCCGGAGAUCAGGUGUACGACUGGAGCGCUGGUCUGGAAGAAACCGAUGACUCUGAUCUCUACUUCAGCCCUGACCGGGGUAAUGUGGUGUUUGCCAGCGCUAUGGAUGGAUGGGGUUUCAGGAUCCAUCAGUUUGCAGAGAUGUACAGUCAGAAGAUGGGCAUCCGCUCCUGGGUUCUGCUCAAGACCCUGUGGGGAGAUUUCUACCUCAACACUAAAUCCAAAAGAAUCAUGAAGGGAGCGCAGUCUAAAGGAAAGAAGCCCCUGUUUGUCCAGCUCGUACUGGAUAAUAUCUGGAGUCUUUAUGAUGCUGUGGUCACUAGAAGGGACAAAGAAAAAGUGGAGAAGAUGGUGACCUCUCUGGGGUUAAAGGUCAUGCCUCGUGACCUAAGACACUCGGACCCCAAAGUGCUGCUGUGUGCCAUUUGUAGCCAGUGGCUGCCGGUGUCUCAGGCGGUUCUCUCGAUGGUGUGUGAAAAGCUGCCCAGCCCGGCCGAGAUGUCGUCUGAGAGAGCGGAGAAGCUGAUGUGCGUAGGAGUGCGCAGCUUCGAUUCUCUGCAUGAGAAAACGCAGGAGCUAAAAAAAGCAUUUCUGGAUUGUUCGGCUGAUGGGAUGGCGCCGGUAAUCGUCUUUGUGUCGAAGAUGUUUGCUGUGGACCCCAAAGCUCUUCCACAGAACAAACAGAGGCCUUUGACUCAUGAAGAGAUCGGCCAGAGAAGGGAACUAGCCAGGCAGCGGCACGCCGAGAGACAAGUGGCCAAUCAGAACGCAGAAGCCCCCAAGUCAACUGAUAAGGGAAGGGCUUCAAUCCCAUCAGCCCCUGCCAACAGCAGUGUCACAGAUUCUUUGUGUGCACAGACGGAGACUCUUUCUGUUAAAGCCGCAGUCGAAGAUGAGAGCAGAGAACAUUUCGUGGCCUUCGCGCGGGUUUACAGCGGAGUCAUCAGAAAAGGUCAAAAGGUGUUCGUGCUCGGACCCAAAUACGACCCGUCGCUGGCUCUCAGAACGCUGCCGGAAGAUUGUUCCGCAUCAGAUGUUUUGUCCGCUGUUCCUCACAUGGCCUGCUGUACGGUGGACAAACUUUACCUAAUGAUGGGUCGUGAGCUGGAAGAACUGGAUGAAGUUCCUUCAGGAAAUGUUCUCGGUAUUGGAGGAAUGGAGGAAUUCAUUCUCAAGUCGGCCACCAUCUCGACGUCUCCCGCCUGCCCUCCCUUUACGGCACUCAACUUCGAGGCCACGCCCAUCGUCAGGGUCGCAGUCGAGCCCAAGCAUCCAAGUGAGAUGCCGAAGCUGGUGCGAGGUAUGAGGCUGCUGAACCAGGCCGACCCGUGUGUGGAGGUGUUGAUUCAGGAGACGGGCGAGCAUGUUCUGGUCACUGCAGGGGAGGUGCAUCUACAACGCUGUCUGGAUGACUUAAGGGAGAGGUUUGCUAAAAUUGAGAUCAGCGCUUCCAAACCGAUCAUUCCGUUCCGUGAGACGGUGGUCCGGCCGCCCAAGCUGGACAUGGUGAACGAGGAGCUGGGCAGGCAACAUAAGAUGGCGGUCAUUCACCAGGAUAAGGAUGAUCAAACCAAGUAUUCCGAAGGAGUACAAGUGGAUUCCACCGGCCUGGUCACGCUCACCACCUCUAACAAGAUGGCCACUGUCGGGGUCCGAGCUAUUCCGCUUCCAGAGGAAGUCACCCACCUGCUGGAGGACAACGUGGAGCUCAUCCGCACAAUGGAGCAGUUCAGCGUGUUCGCCAGGGAGGGCAAGACUCUGGACAUCAACCAGAAAAUUCUGGAAAGCAUCCAGGACCUGAAGGUCAAACUGGAGAGCCUCCUGCAGGGCCACAAAUGGAGGGGUGCCGUGGAGCGUAUCUGGGCAUUCGGUCCACGCCGAUGUGGGCCAAACAUUCUUCUUAACAACGUAGAGGGCUACCCGAGACCUUCCAUGUGGCAGUGUUUGGAGGGAGAAAGAGCCGAGAUGGCCACGUUUAGAGACUUUGACAACAGCAUCAUAAGUGGCUUUCAGUUGGCCACACUCGCAGGCCCCAUGUGUGAAGAACCGCUGAUGGGCGUUUGCUUCUCAGUAGAGACCUGGGACAUGACGUUUUCUGCACCUCUAGCUCAGCAUGACUCCUUUGAUAAGGCCAUGAUCACGGAGCCAAAUACAGUCAACCAAAGUGGAAGUUCUGAAAAAGAUGCACGUGAGAUGGACAUGUCCCUGAGCAAUCAAAGCAGAAGUAGAGCAGAGGCAGCAGGGAGUUCAAUGGACUGUUACGGGCCGUUUUCCGGGCAGCUCAUCGCCGCUGUGAAGGAAACCUGUCGAUACGCCUUCCAGGCCAAACCUCAGCGACUAAUGGCUGCCAUGUACACCUGUGAGAUCAUGGCCACUGCUGAAGUUCUAGGUCGGAUGUAUGCGGUUUUAUCUAAACGUGAAGGACGAGUCCUGCAUGAGGAGAUGAAGGAAGGGACGGACAUGUUCAUCAUUAAAGCUGUACUUCCUGUUGCCGAGAGCUUCGGAUUCGCUGAGGAGAUCAGAAAGAGGACCAGCGGCCUGGCCAGUCCACAGCUAGUGUUCAGCCACUGGGAGGUGAUCUCUAGUGAUCCGUCCUGGGUGCCCACUACAGAGGAGGAGUAUUUACACUUUGGAGAAAAAGCAGAUUCCUCCAAUCAGGCUCUGAAAUACAUGAAUGCUGUUCGGAGACGCAAGGGCCUGUACGUGGAGGAGAAGAUCGUAGAACAUGCGGAAAAACAACGAACUCUAAGCAAAAACAAAUAAACCACACAAACAUUUUCAUAACACACGAACGUCAUCACACACUGAGAUUUCGUUUAUAAGGGAUCUUGUGUACUUGUGUAUUUUCAAUUGGAAGAAAAUUGGCUGAAAAACAAUGCCCAAAAUGUCUGAUCAAUUGUAAUUAUGUGUAAACUGUCAUUUUGAAAUCUGUAAAUACAGUAAUAAAUACGGCAGCUGUUUGCACAGUUUUGUGAGGCAUUUUUGUGAAUUCGGACACGAUUGAAAGAAUA